UGCCUCCUCCCCUCUUCUCCCCCGUCCACCCAUCUCCCCUGGCAGUCUGGGAUUCCAGAGAUGUCUCCCCUACAGUAAAAUAUGCUCCUGUCCCAUCGGCGGGCAGACCACAGCACACCAUGGAGCUGCCACGGCCGCAUCUCUGACCGCCGGGCUGCAGUGGCCCUCUGCACUGCAAACGCCCUGAGAGACGUUUGUGUGUGCACGUGUCAGUUUUAGUCUGUGUGCUUUAGUCUCCUACGGCUUGUUAGGGACUAGAAUGGGACUUUAUGCAUAGUUUGAUUGAAUAAUUUAGUUAUUGUGACAGUGCGCUCUUAUGGAGACAGUAGACUGUCAGACUCUUACUGGACUCAUGGAGAAGCCCUGACGGUCGCUUUCCUUUGAAAUGGACAUCCCAUUCGCACACGAAGCGGAGAGGUCCAAGGCGACUGUUUAUUUCUGAUCCAUGAUGGACAUUUGAAGCAGUGUCGGUGCUUUUUCGACCGUCAUGUCUAACGGUUACCGUACCCUAUCACAGCACCUGAAUGACCUGAAGAAGGAGAACUUCAGCCUCAAGCUCCGCAUCUACUUCCUGGAGGAGAGGAUUCAGCAGAAGUACGAGGAGAGCAGUGAGGAUGUGUAUCGUACUAACAUCGAGCUGAAGGUGGAAGUAGAGAGCUUGAAGCAGGAGCUCCAGGAGAAACAAGACCUUCUGGAUAAAGCACUCACAACAGCAGAGAGCUUGACCAGUUACAAUGAGGAAGAGCUGCAGAGACGAUUUCAGGAGCGGCAGCAGGAAAUCGACCACAUGCAGCAGGUGCUGGAGGCAAAGAUCCAGCUCCUGCAGGAGGAGGCCCAGUUAGCGCGCAGUGAGGCUGAGCGGGUGGCCUCGCUGGCUGGAUCCCAAUCCCAUGCCUCCCUUGUCUCCUUAGACACCAACAUGGAGGAGAUCCCUGAAGAUGAGAGGCCCUCCAGCACCUGCAAAGACAGAUUAAUAGAGGAAUUGACUAAGGAGCUUCGCUCCAAGGACGCCCUCGUUACGGAGCUAUCUGGAGAGAAGAAAUUGCUCACCCUCCGGGUGGGAGAACUGGAAGGGCAAGUUGAAGAGCUAUCUUCAUCUCUGCUGCAGAAGGACAAGGAUGUGGAGUUUUAUCAGGAAGAACUGGGUGAAGAGCGAUUGCGCAUCGAACAGGAGAUGCAGCACGCCCUCCAUGUGCAGUGA